AAGACUACAUAGUGGUCUUGACGUGGUGACUUGACUUUGUUGAUAGAUUGUAUUUUAGAAUGUUCUACAAAAGAAUAUUAUUGUUGCUCCUGAUUACAGUGUGCAUUGCGUACGUUGUAGGUCGAUGCCGUGAUGAUGGAAAAGUGCCAGUCAGUGGUAGUGAUGAAUGGACUGGUGGCGAAUGUGAUGAAUCAGGUGGAGGGUCCAGCAGUGCAUCAGGUGGUGGAUUGAGUGGCAAAUCGGGCGAAGGAUCGGGCAGUGCAUUGGUUAAAGUAUCGGGCAAAUUGGGUAGAGUAUCAAGAAGUGCAUCGGGUGAAGGGUCAAGUAGUGAAUCGGGUGGAGGGUCAAGUAGUGAAUCGGGUGAAGGAUCAAGAGAUGCAUCGGGUAGUGGAUCAAGAAGUGAAUCAGGUGGAGGGUCAAUAAGUGCAUCGGGUAGAGGAUCAAGUGGUGCAUCGGGAAGUGGAUCAAGAAGUGAAUCGGGUGAAGGAUCAAGAGAUGCAUCGGGUAGUGGAUCAAGAAGUGAAUCAGGUGGAGGGUCAAUAAGUGCAUCGGGUGGAGGAUCAAGUGGUGCAUCGGGAAGUGGAUCAAGAAGUGAAUCGGGUGAAGGAUCAAGAGAUGCAUCGGGUGAAGUGUCAAGAAGUGAAUCGGGUGAAGGAUCAAGAGAUGCAUCAGGUAGUGGAUCAAGAAGUGAAUCAGGUGGAGGGUCAAUAAGUGCAUCGGGUGGAGGAUCAAGUGGUGCAUCGGGAAGUGGAUCAAGAAGUGAAUCGGGUGAAGGAUCAAGAGAUGCAUCGGGUGAAGGGUCAAGAAGUGAAUCGGGUGAAGGAUCAAGAGAUGCAUCAGGUAGUGGAUCAAGAGGUGCAUCAGGUGGAGUGUUAAGAAGUGAAUCCGGUGGUGGACCAAGAAAUGCAACAGGUAGUGGAUCAAGCGGUGCAUCGGGUGGAGGAUCAAGAAAUGCAUCAGGUAGUGGAUCAAGAAAUGAAUCGGGUGAAGGAUCAAGAGGUGCAUCGGGAAGUGGAUCAAGAGAUGCAUCAGGUGGAGUGUCAAGAAGUGAAUCCGGUGGUGGACCAAGAAAUGUAACAGGUAGUGGAUCAAGCGGUGCGUCGGGUGGAGGAUCAAGAAAUGCAUCAGGUAGUGGAUCAAGAAGUGAAUCGGGUGAAGGAUCAAGAGGUGCAUCGGGAAGUGGAUCAAGAGGUGCAUCAGGUGGAGUGUUAAGAAGUGAAUCCGGUGGUGGACCAAGAAAUGCAACAGGUAGUGGAUCAAGCGGUGCAUCGGGUGGAGGAUCAAGAAAUGCAUCAGGUAGUGGAUCAAGUGGUGCAUCGGGUGGAGGAUCAAGAAAUGCAUCAGGUAGUGGAUCAAGAAGUGAAUCGGGUGAAGGGUCAAGAAGUGAAUCGGGUGAAGGAUCAAGAGGUGCAUCUGGUAGUGGAUCAGGAGGUGCAUCGGGUGGUGGAUCAAGAGAUGCAUCAGGUAGUGGAUCAAGCAGUGAAUCGGGUGAAGGGUCAGGAAGUGAAUCGGGUGAAGGAUCAAGAGGUGCAUCGGGUAGUGGAUCAAGCGGUGCAUCGGGUGGAGGAUCAAGAAAUGCAUCAGGUAGUGGAUCAAGAAGUGAAUCGGAUGAAGGAUCAAGCAGUGCAUCGGAUGAAGGAUCAUCAGGAUAUUUCAUGAACAGGUAUGAGUACAUUGGACUCGAAUAUGAAGGCAAAAUACAUAACAACGCUUUCGAAGCAUCAUCCGAUGAUGGUGAAUACACGCCUGAAAGAGCACGUUUAAAUGGUGAAACAUCUUGGCAUAAUGACCCGGACGACUCUAACCCGUGGAUUAGUGUAGAUCUAGGUCAAAGAGAAAAUGUCUAUGGAAUCAUAACUCAAGGCGAUGGAACUAAAAACGUGGUACGAGAUGGAUGGGUUACAGCGUUUAGACUGAGAUUAAGUAAUGAUUCCGGAUUCUCCGAGUUUGUAUUUGCCGUUGAUGCGACCGGGAAUGAGACAUUCAGAUCUGAUGUUACAACACGAUAUGAUCGUAAAAUCAACAUGUUCCAAAAUGGAAUAACAGCUCAAUAUGUGAAACUUCAUGUGAGUCAGUGUUCUGAUGGUGGAUGUUUCUUAAGAAUGGAGUUGCUAAAGCGUCGCUCAUAUGAUUGUUCGGAAACAUGUAGAAAUGUAGGAUUAUCAGAUAAGCAUAAAAUAAGAAAUGGUGCCUUUGACGGAUCAUCCCAUAAUGGUGGACAAACGGAGCCUAAAAGAGCUCGUCUUGGUGGCGGUAAAUCAUGGCAUAAUGAUCCUGACGACACUAAUCCCUGGAUUAGUGUAGCCUUUGGACGAACUGUCAACAUCUUUGGAAUUAUUACACAAGGCGAUGGUUCUCUGGACUCGGAUCGAGAUGGAUGGGUGACAGAAUUUGCGCUUGAAUUCAGUGACCAUGCCGAUUUCUCUGAACCCACGUUUGCAGUUAGUACUAACGGAUCCCAGACAUUUUUCGCAAAUCCUUCAUCAAGAAAUGAUCAGGUCGAAAACAUGUUUCAAAAUAACGUAACAGCUAGGCACGUUAAACUUCAUGUGCGAGCCUGCUCGGAAGUGGGUUGUUACUUGAGAAUGGACUUUAUAGAAUGUGGCUCAUUCUUGGCAGAAUGCUUGACCGCUAAAAAAUGUGAAUAUGUUGGCAUAAGCAAUGAUGAUGUGAUAAAGAAUAUAGCCUUUCGUGCGUCAUCAAAUGAUGGUGAACAAACUCAGCCAAGUAGAGCUCGUCUUGAUGGCAUUAAAUCAUGGCACAGUCGCCCAGACGACCCUAGUCCUUGGAUUAUUGUGGAUCUUGCAAGAACAGAAACCGUAUUUGGAAUCAUAACGCAAGGCGAAGAAACUCAACAAGCAAAUCAAGACGGAUGGGUCACAGAAUUCGAACUAGAGUUUAGUCAAUAUUAUUAUUUCAAUGAAUCUGUAUAUGCCUUUAACGAAUUUGGAUCUCAGAUAUUUUACGCUAAUCAUUCAAGAUACAAAUCUGUGCUCAAUAUGUUUCAACACAACGUAACGGCUGAUUACGUUAAACUGCAUAUAAAGGCAUGCUCGAAUGUAGGAUGUUUUCUGAGAAUGGAAUUGAUAAAAUGCACAGGAACAGAAGCUGCAACACGGUAUGGACAAACAUUUAGAUCAGUAUCAAAAGUGGUUACCGGUUCUAGAAAUGCCACCAACGUACAGCAGACUGAGGAAUUAGUGACAAACAAAACCGCAGAAUCCCAGAAUACAACAGAUAGGCGCCGCCCUAGGCCUAGGCCUACGCCUAGAGGUGGAAACUUUGUAAACAGUACCAGAAACCAACACGAAAACACCGAGACAAAAACAUCAAUGUCAACCACAGUACUAAUGACAACGACAGAACCACAAACAACUACUCUCAGCAAUGUGUUCGCCGACGUUGAAAAUUUGCUUGAUGACGCUUCUGCAGGCGAGGUUCUCAAUGCGGCAACUUCGACGAUGAAUAGAGGACCUGAGAAAACAUAUAACCGUAAAGAGAUCAAAGUUCUGAACAGCAUACUACGUCGUGUUUCAUUGAAGAAUAGCAGCAAUGUAGAAGAAUAUCGCAACAAUACUCGGGCUGUUUUGAAGAUCACAAAAGUUCUCUUUCAACCCAAGCAAAAACUGUUCGUUGCUGAGAAGUUAAGUGUUGCCAGUAUGGCGGAGGAUAUUCUAAGUUCAUCUGCUGAAACCAUACCCACAGGAGAAUCUGUCGUCGUAAAUGAAGACAACAUGGUUGCGGCAAUGUAUCACGUGAAAAGCAUAAAUCAAAUUGCUGACAUGGUAUUCGAUAUUGUAAUACCUGAAGAGAAUAACGGAACCAGUUACUCAAGUACAUAUUAUUUGAGAGCUGUUAUUCCAGACGGCGUUGAAUUUGAAGAGGGAUCUUUUGGAAUGACAAUAAUAUAUAUGGGAAAUGAACAAUCAGCAACAGAGCUGUCUCAUUCCGAAGAAGAGGACGUUGAUGCGAUACCAGCAAGUGGUAUUAUGUCGUGCACUUUGACCUCGGGCUCAAAAAAGGUUCAAAUAGGGGUUAACUUUACUUUACCCGUGAACACUUCUGGUAUCAACGACGGAAAAGAUCAUGUCGUAAUUCCGAAGAAGAUAAAAUUUAGAAAGGCAACAGAAAGGAUUACGGUGAAAGAAUGUGUUUUUUGGAACAACGAUCUUGGGUUGUGGUCCGAGUAUGGCUGUCAGAAUGUUGCAACUGGAGAGGGCACUGUGUCGUGUGAAUGCAAUCAUACAACAAGUUUUGCUGUGCUUGUGCAAGUCAACGAAAGAGAGAUAAGCACGAUUCAUGACACAAUUCUAACGAUCAUCAGCUACGCAGGGGGAGCUGUUUCAGUUGCUUCGCUUGUACUUGUGAUCGGUCUCACAUUCUACUUAAAAGAAUUAGAGAAGUCCGAUCACGUGUUGAUAAUGAAAAAUUUGAUGAUUACAUUGGCACUUGGACAAACUAUAUUCCUGGUAGGCGUCGACAGAACCGAAUCUAUGAUUGUAUGUAAAGGAGUGGCACUUAUUUUACACUACCUCUUCUUGGCCAUGUUUAUGUGGAUGUUCAAUGAGGGACUAUAUCUUUACCGCCGCCUUUGGUUGGUUUUCGGCAUUAAUUCGACCAGUUCUCGUGAGUAUAAGUACACAGGUUGGGCUAUUCCAGGUGUUUAUGUCGCAAUCUGCUUCAUAAUGCGAUUCAGUGAGUACGGAACAGAAGAAAGUUGUUGGCUGAGUCAAGAAAAUGGGCUAGUAUGGACGUUUGUUGGUCCUGUCUUGGUUAUCAUUGUUAUGAACGUGAUUUUAUUGUUGCUUGUUGCACGCAUCAUUAUCAAAGCUUCUAAAGAAGUGGGAAGUACUUACGAUCGCGUAAAGAAAAACACGCGGAAGUCGAUCCUGGUCCUACCUGUACUUGGUCUGACGUGGAUAUUUGGAGUACUGAUCAUGGAACCGGUUAUCAUAGCAUUCACGUACCUCUUCGUGAUUUUCGUGUCCUUCCAGGGUCUUCUAGUUGCAGUGUAUUGCUUUACAAGCACCGAGGUCCAGACUGCAUGGAUUAACAAACGAGCAGAGAAUUCACCCAUCAAGCAGGCAACAUGGGCGACUAAGAGGACCAACUCAGUCAGCUCAUUGCAUGGCAUGCCGUCCUAUCAGGGUGAUACAUUUUAUGAGGAUUUCGGUAAAAUUGUACCCUACCGAAUACAGUUUGGGUAUCGGCCUAAUAUUGCGGACUCGAUGUCCAAGAAGAGAGCUCCAAAGUGUAUAGAUCGAGAACUGUGUCAAAAUAAUGAGAUGCGAUCACCACCGCCCUCAUACGAGGAUACAGUUAAAACCAUGGUACGCGAAGAAACCAAGUAAUACGCCCGCCUGCUACAUCAUUGUCACGUUUCAGUAGGCUAUGAAUCUUUGGCAUGUCAUAGGACUUAUCAGAUUAUUAUUUUUUGGAUUAAUAACAACUUGAAACCUGAAACACUUUAAACAAAGAUGCCAACAGAUUCAACACGGACUACAAAUGGCUAAACCAUAGGCUAUAAUACAAUUUUUUUGUUGGGACAAUUAUUAUCUCAUUCACCAACCAAAGAAAUCAACAACUUUGCAAGAACCGUUGUGAGGAUUUAUUAUUUUAUUUUUAUUACAGCAAAUUAAAUAGUUUGUAGGACAAUGCAAUUAAGUUCAAGUUGAUUGUGUUGAUUUUGAUAUUGUAUAAUGUUUGACCAUGUUUUACAAAAAUCUCAAUUUCAAAAUAUUAUAUGAAUAAACAAACAAUAUUAUCAAAACCUCCUAUCACUAGGCCAUUUCAAAAGAGUAGUUAGGCUAUUUAUUCAAACAUCAUAUAUGUUGGAUUUAGCGCAAUCACAGCACUAUAUUUUCAAGGUGUGGCAGCCCAUUCCAACUUCCCAACUCUAAAUUGUAACUAAAGUAACUGAGUCUAUGGUAUGUAUGUUAUAGUAAAAUAAAUAUUUUGUAUUUUGGUUUGCGCAAUAUGAGAUUAUCUGCCAUAGUGUACAGUAUAUUAUUUUUAACCUAUAAGUAAUUAAUAUAAUAAUAAUAUGUUUGAUUUACCAAUAACCAACCCAAUAUUUUAUGUGCAUUGAAAGACUAUAAACGAUAGCCAUGCGGCUUAAAACAAGCACAGUUUACAGGUAAAGAUCAUAGGCCUAAGUCACUGUAAGUUCUUUUAUAUCGUAUGGAAUGUAACAGGAAUAAUCAUGAUGAGUCAAUACCACCAUGCCAGUAGUUAUAUCAGUAUGCAUUGCAAUAAUGAUGUCUGUGUAUAUAUAAAUGUAGGCCCUAUGUAUAUAUAAAUAUAUAUAUAUCAAAUUAAAUUGUUGUUAGUCCUAAAUUGUGUUGCUGAGGAUGUAUAAUGCAUAAUGACGUUUUGAUUUCUUGACUGAUGAUUGACCUUUCCGGAGUGUCAAUCAAACUUAACAACCGACUAAUCAGAACAGCGCUAGGAAUACGCGCGCGUCUUACAAACACACGUGUUGUCCCACAAACGCACGUGUCCGCGUAUGUUUUAACACUGCCGUCUUGUCGGACCUUAGCAACAAUAUUCAAGGGGCGGAGCUUAGCGGAAAGGUCCAUUGACUUGGAUCGCCAUUUGCCAUUCCUGCUCAAGUUGGAUUUGCUUCUAUAUUUUAUAAAUUUCUUUUUUUUAUUUCUUCGCUAUUCCGUCGCUGUUUCUUCGCUAUAGUUUGCGUGUCAUCGAACAUUAUUAAUGUUAUUAUUAUUUAAUAAAUAUUAUAGUUGUGUUAACAUAGAAAGGAUUUUGUAGUUUUCAUUU